GCAUUUUGAUCCAACCGAAGAACAAAAGUAAAAAAGUAUAAUUAAUAAGGGAGGCGACGACACGGACCCAGUCAACCAAAGGAGCAAGAGACGCAGCGCUCGUGAUCUGACUCCGAAUACGCCUCCAUUUAUCACAAAAGAUGUCGGUCGGCAAGAUAAUUUUAAAAUCAACAACACGGAUGUCCCUGAACGACCGAUUCACGGUGCUGCGACAGGAGAAGCCAACGGGACAAGGACAGUCAGUAGCGGGACUAGAAGAGAGGCGGCAGCAGGCCCAAGCAUCAAGAAAGAACCAGCGUUUGGCAGCUCAGAUGGAACGCCGCCCAGCAGUUGUAGCAGCCUUGAAGCUGAAAAAGAAGAGUGUGGAGCAGCGCCUCAAUGGACAGAGACCCUUGUCGGUGAAACAAAGACUAGCCGUGAAAGGCCGUCUGAGCAUUCCUGAAGAAGGUGGGAACAUCCAGGUUAGGGGACGAGGUGGCCUUCGAGGAGCAAGAGGGGCAAGUUACAGAGGACUCAGAGGAGCUGGCUUCAGAGGGGGCAGAGGUGCUCUUGGUAUCAGAGGACGUGGCGGCACUAUUGGAAGUGCCCGAGGUGGAUUGCGUGGUGCUCGUGGGGGAAGGUUCCUACGCGGCCGUGGCACCCGUGGUCUAAUGCAGGGACGUGGUACGGGCAGAGGAGCAGUGCGUGGCAGGGGUUUCAUUCAGAACCAAGGACGUGGAGAAAUUAAGGCAUUCAGGGGUCGUGGUCGUGGAGGACGCAUGGGUCGUGGAGGGCGUGGAGUCAGAGGUGGACGAGGUGGGGUUGCUGCCAAGGCCAACGGAACAGGGAACUGCACCCGGGAAGAGCUCGACCAGCAGUUGGAUGAGUACAUGAGCAAGACUAAGACUGCCCUGGAUUCUGAACUUGACCAGUACAUGAAAGAUGCUCCAGUCUAAGCCCAAAACAAACAUCUCUUCAUGUUUUGCCAAAUAUAAGUCAUCUGUGCUCAUGAUAGAGUAAUAUUUUCACCCCAUAGGCAGAUAAAAAUAAAAAGGAUUUUUUCAUACAUCAAAGAUGGAAUCUAGUCUUGGUGAUAGCUUUCUUUUGUAACAAAACAGAUGACUUGCAGAAGCAGCUGAAGAUAUGUACUUAUUUUAUGUUUAUUAAUAUGAUUUACAUGUGUCUGUGUCAAGGUUCUGCAGCGUUUUCCAUGUUUCCAUGAUGUGAUAAACUGUAGUUGAUAAAGAUAAUUAUUCCGUUCAUGUGAUUCCUGUCUAGAAAUGAAGCACUUGUUCAGUAAUGGACCAAGAAACAUGAUAUGGAAUUCAUCAAGCAGUUAAAAUGGCUUCAAUGGUUUAUUUUAUUUUUUAUUAUCUUUUUAUGUGGGAAUUUGCAAAACUUCUGCUUAAUUGUGUUUAAGAAUGUAAUUGUAAUAUGUAAAAGAAAUACAGGAUUUAAGAAAUGUUAAGGCUUGUCCAUAAUACUGCUAAAGGACUAUUAGCCACAUAUAUAUAUAUAUAUAUAUAUAUAUAUAUAUAUAUAUAUAUAUAUAUAUAUAUAUAUAUAUAUAUAUAUAUAUAUAUAUAUAUAAUAAAUCCAAAAAUAAACCAUAUGCCCACACUAAACCAAGAAUAACUGACUCAAUAAGUAAAGAAGUUCAAGUAUCAAGUUAAUUUUAUAUGUUAUCUUUUGUGUGAAAGUAAAGAGGUUAAGUGCUCUUUGUGCUUCACUUACAUGCUUAGUUGUAUCUUACUUUAUAUAGCUUUAUGUAGGAUUUCACUCAAAUAGAAUUUGAUCAAGAAUGAUCAUUGAUUUGUAUUACAGAAUAUAAAGUGUUUAGUUGAAUGAAGAAGGCUGCUGAGGCUACAUGUUGGUUACUAAUGAAAAAUAUCUUACUUUAAGUGAACCAGAAUCAUACCCCUUUGGAAGUGGCCACAAAGGAAUACAUAUUCUGAAUGAAUUACCCAAGCUCUUGAGUGAGAUUAGUUAUACCACUGAAUAUGUGGAGUGUCAGGCUUUGGUGUUAGAUGAGUAAAUUACAGGAUGUUGCAUGGUAUGGUUUUAGUGCACUUUAUUUUGCCUUCUGUUACCGUUAUCAAGGUGUUUCAUACAGUUUUUCUACUGUAAAAGAAAUAUUUAUCAUCAUCAGUCUCCACAUGUUUGAGUUUGUUGUAUACAGUGAUCAAAUAGAAUGCAUGUUUAUUUUAAGUAUUGUCAUUUCAAACCAUUUGCUUACUUUGCAAAGCAAGCUAAUAACAGACAAGUGCGAAUGUGAAAACUUAGUUAUAUUCUCAUUUUUGUGUGUGUGGUCAUAAAAUAAGGAUUUUACUCUCAAUGUUGGUGAAGCAAAUGUCUUGUCACCAUCAUUGGAUUGCAUUGUACAAAUGAAUAUUUGUGUAUGAGAGUUCAGAACUAUAUUUAUAGAGAUUAGAAGUUAGCACUUUGUAUCAGGAUAGUUGUUCCUUGUAUCAUCUUUAUACUUACAAUGAAAACUAUUUGAAGUGAUGGUACAUUGUAUCAUUAAAUUUCCUCAAUCCAU